GGUUGCACUGCAAGCAUGGACACACAUAAAUAUAGCCAUGCUCAUUUCUCUGUGUAGUGGAGGUGGUCGUGCGUAGAGGAGUGCAUCCAUUUUAAUCCGCAAUGGGGGACAUAAUGAAAGGCUUGAAAUUUCCAUUCGAAAUCAAUAUGCUUAACGAGGAAACCAAUAAUGAGCUCCUGCAAUACUUCCAUGGUGAGAAGACGGGUUUUGUGCAAGUUGGACCUGAAAAAUACUUUUUUCCGUAUAAGUAUAAAAGCGAAGCCGAAAACUAUUACAAUUUCAAAGCACGACACGAUGAUGUUUGGAUAGUAACAUUUCCUCGUUCGGGGACAACAUGGACCCAGGAACUGGUUUGGUUAAUCGCCAACAAUCUUGACUUUGAAACAGCCAAACGGAUACCAUUAACACAACGUUUUCCCUUCUUUGAAUUUCACCUGUUUGUCCAUCCUGAGAUGAAGAGGCAAUUUCUGGAGGAAAAUGCGGGUAAGAAGGGUAAUCAGGAUUUUAUAGAGUGUAUUUCCACUCCGGGAUAUGUACUCUUGUCGACGAUACCACAAACUGAGAGACGAUUCAUCAAGUCUCAUUUUCCGUUUUCUCUAUUACCACCAAGUGUAAUGGAAGAGAGAAGUAAAAUAAUUUAUGUUGCCCGACGCAAUGCAAUGGAUGUUGCGGUUUCUUAUUAUCACCUGAACCGGCUUUACCGCACACAAGGAUAUGUGGGAGACUUUAAGCGUUAUUGGAAUUACUUCCAAAAAGGAUUAGGUCCCUGGAUGCCCUAUUACAGCCACAUACGAGAGGCUUUUGAAUACAGAAACCAGUGCAAUGUGUUAUAUCUGCAGUAUGAGGAAAUGACCAGAGACCUCCCCGGCGUUAUUGAAAAGAUAAGUAAAUUUCUGAAUCUGAAGGUAGAUGAAUCUAAAAUGGAUAAGCUAUUGCAUCACUUGGAUAUAUCGAAUUUCCGAUUAAAUACUGCCGUUAACGGUAAGGAGUUGGAAGAAGUCGGUAUUUUGAAUAAAACCCCGAAUGGAUUUGUACGUACUGGGGGAUCUGGUUUAUCUAUAUCAGAAUUUCAAGCAGCAUCUGGCUUAUUAGACAACGCCAACAAGUGGAUACAAGAAAAUGAACUUUUAUUUGAAAAAAUAGAACAUACUAAGUAAUUCUGGGAAUUGAAAAGUUUUUACUGCGUCUUUAGCCAGUGGUGCCACUAAAGAAAAUUAUUUUGUACCAAAAUUUAAGAAAAAUCCUACCAAACCUGACCGAAACCCACCAAAUGUUCCACAAGCCAAAAAUAUGCGGCAAUUGUUUUUAUACCUACCACCGAAGUGUUGCCCAUUUUGUUCAACCCUACAAAAUAUACGCACUUGAUCAUCCUAAUAUUCAAGGACGAUCUAGCCACGUCUGCCCGGCCGUCUCUACAGCUUUUAUUCGAAAAAUCACCUAUAUCUUGAUAAAGCGCCCUUUAUAUUUAUGCUCCAAUUUAUUUAUUUAUGUAUCAACUUCUGAUAGCAAUACAAAAGCCUUCGCGGCCAAAAACGCAUUACUAA